GGGAGCGUGGCUCUCUCUCCUCUCCCUAAGAAAGAAGAAAGGCCCAUGGAACCAGUUCCGCCGGGAGCUCACUGAAAACAUUAAUUUCCUCGCUCAAGAUUUCGUGAAGGGUUGAUGGGUCGUGGGCUGUUUUGGUGUCUUCCCUGGUUUAGGUUUUACCGGACUAUUCUAUAGCCAGGUCCUCAUUCUGCAAAACAUAAAGCCAUUGCCUUCUCUCUCGUUGAAGAAAAAGGAAGAAUUCACGUGUUCUACAAGCAAGACACCAAGGGUUUGGCUGCUUGGUUGGAUAAGAUCUCACUACCAUUGAGUUUUGAGCUCAUCAAUAUGCAAGUUAACUGGCAAACUGAGAACCGAACUUGAUAGUUUUACCCUGCCAUAUAGUGAGCAGGUGGUCCUCCAAAGUGAAUCAUUGGUGAGAUGCAAACAUCACAGAAGAAGAGUCAUUUAAGCAUGUCGAACAAAAUUUGUUAUCAGUCUGCUCUUGAGAUCGGCACCUAUUGCUUGCCUCAGUUUCAUACAUUAGAUUGUUACCCUUCCUACUGCACCCUUGAGUCAUCCUCCGCUAGUGGAGGUUAUGCUAUAUACAACCCACCAUCAACCAUCAGCUUCUCAUCCGAUGGGAGUCCCGUAUCCUUGCAAGAUUCUGUGUCUUAUCCACCUGAUGCGCUACACUCCCCAGAUAAUACCUACGCCUCCUCCAUAAGUGGAUCUUGUGUCACUGACGAUGCAAAUGAUUUUUUGCACAAGCUGAGAGAAUUGGAGAACGUAAUGCUUGGACCUGAUUCGGAUAUUUCCAUUAACAAUGACAGGAGUUUCCAGAAGGGGAUCCAUGUAGCUUCACCAGGGAGCAAACUAAAAGAUGCAAUAGAACGGAAGGAUUUGAAACGAGUUCUCAUUGCCUCUGCGAAGGCAGUUUCAGAAAAUGAUCUAUGGACAGCGAACUGGUUGAUGGAUGAGUUGCGUGGAAUGGUCUCAGUUUCUGGGGAACCGAUCCAGCGGCUGGGAGCAUAUAUGUUGGAAGGUCUCGUUGCACGUUUGGCCUCCUCAGGAAGCUCCAUCUAUAAAGCUCUGCGAUGCAAAGAACCUGAAAGCUCAGAGCUCCUCUCCUACAUGCACAUUUUAUAUGAGGUCUGUCCAUACUUCAAAUUUGGAUACAUGUCAGCAAAUGGGGCGAUAGCCGACGCAAUGAAGAAUGAGAAUAGAGUCCACAUCAUUGACUUCCAAAUUGGUCAGGGCAGCCAGUGGAUCACUUUAAUCCAGGCAUUUGCAGCAAGGCCUGGCGGGCCACCCCACAUAAGAAUAACUGGUUUUGAUGAUUCCACGUCAGCUUAUGCCCGUGGAGGAGGAUUGGAAAUAGUGGGGAAGAGGCUUACUAAGCUUGCUCAGUUGUACAAAGUCCCAUUCGAGUUCCAUGCUGCAUUGAUACCAGGUUCGGAUUUACUACUUCACCAUCUUGAUGUUAGGCGCGGGGAGGCUUUGGCCGUAAAUUUCGCGUUUAUGCUUCACCACAUGCCUGAUGAGAGUGUGAGCAUUCAGAACCAUCGGGACCGGCUCCUGAGGCUGGUCAAGAGCCUGUCACCGAAGGUGGUGACCCUAGUGGAGCAAGAAUCUAACACGAAUACUGCUGCCUUUUUGCCACGGUUCAUUGAGGCGAUGGACUAUUAUGCAGCCAUGUUUGAGUCGAUUGAUGUGACUCUUCACAGAGAGCACAAGGAGAGGAUUAAUGUAGAGCAGCACUGCCUGGCAAGAGAUGUUGUCAAUAUAAUCGCAUGCGAGGGGGCUGAGAGAGUCGAAAGGCACGAGCUUCUGGGGAAGUGGAGGUUGCGUUUUGCGAUGGCAGGAUUUACACCAUUCCCUUUGAGUUCCCUAGUGAACGGCACCAUCAAGACGCUGUUGGAGAAUUACUCUCACAGAUAUAGGCUUGAGGAGAGAGAUGGAGCUCUUUAUUUGGGAUGGAUGAACCGGGACUUGGUAGCGUCCUGUGCAUGGAAGUGAAAUAAUCUGAGAAAGGAUAAGACGGCAUGAUGGAGCAGCUGGAAUUGUUCCUCUUCUUUUCAUGUUUCGUUCCUUUGUAAUCAUUUAGCUUGCUACCUUUGAUGAGGUGUUUGAAGCUGUUCACAUUGUAUAGUCUGCAGAUUUCAUGCUUUACUCUUUCACUGACAAAGAUAGGACAAACUCAUUUGCACUGGGUUGGAACUUUUUUUUGGUGACUUCUAUACUGAAACUCAGGUGCAAAUUUUUUCAAAGAGGGAAUGCUUUUAAAAGUUCA